CGGUUUGUUUUUCAUGUAAUAAGGUUCCUGAUGCCCCGAAAAAUAGAAAGAAAAAAAAGACGAAAGCAUAAAGAACUCAGACCCCAAAAACCAACCAUAAAUCCACAGCAUCCGAACAACUCUCUUUGUCAGUAUAUCUUUCUUGAUUCUAUUUUUAAUACAAGUUUUCCACGCCACCUUUUCCAUUCUUCUCUCUGUUGCCUCUGCCUAUAAAUCCCAGCACAGCCUUCCCAUUUUUUCAGUGCAAAACCAAACUCUACUUGUAAAUCACUCUUCACUCAUUCAUUUCUUACUUUCUUUGCUCUCUGUGUGUGUUUUGUUUUGGUAAAAUUGUGAUCUCUCUUUUAUAGCUUCUGUACAAGUCAAGUGUGUCAAGAAAUUGUAAAUUCCCGUUAACCAAGGUUUUCAUUUUAGCUUGCUUUGAGUUGUAGAACUUCUUGUAAUUCAUCUUCCUUUCUCUGUUUUUCUGUCCUCAUGGCACCUCCUAAUGAUCCUGUUAGUCCAAUCCUCAGUUUGUGUCGGUCCAACAGUUUAGAACAAUACUUUGAUUUGUCUAAUGGAAAGUUUAGUGUCAAAGGUGUUCCAUUGCUCUCUGAAGUUCCAAGCAAUGUCACUUUUAAUCACUUCCACUCAACCUCCCAAUCUUCUGAUGCUCCAUUUCCUCUAAUCCAACGCGUUCGUGCCUUGUCCCACAAGGGCGGGUUCCUUGGAUUCAACAAGGAGGAGCCCUCAGAUAGGUUGAUGAACUCCUUGGGUAGAUUCAGUAACAGGGAUUUCCUUAGCAUCUUUAGGUUCAAGACCUGGUGGUCUACAAUGUGGGUGGGGAAUUCUGGGUCAAGUUUGCAAAUGGAAACCCAAUGGGUGCUCUUAGAUGUCCCAGAGAUUAAGUCCUAUGUGAUAAUCCUGCCCAUUAUUGAAGGCAGUUUUAGGUCUGCUCUUCAUCCUGGCACUGAUGAUCAUGUAAUGAUCUGUGCUGAGAGUGGUUCUACCCAAGUGAAAGCAUCGAAUUUUGAUGCCAUCGCUUACGUUCAUGCCUCUGAAAAUCCCUACAACUUGAUGAAAGAAGCCUAUAGUGCUCUCAGGGUCCAUCUCAAUACCUUUAGGCUGUUAGAAGAGAAGACAAUCCCAAAUCUAGUUGACAAAUUUGGGUGGUGUACUUGGGAUGCCUUCUACUUAACUGUAGAACCUGUUGGUGUCUGGCAUGGUGUCAACGAAUUUGUCGAAGGCGGUGUAUCCCCGAGGUUUCUCAUCAUUGAUGAUGGGUGGCAAAGCAUCAAUUUGGAUGGUGAGGACCUGCAUGAGGAUGCGAAAAAUCUAGUUCUUGGUGGGACUCAAAUGACUGCUAGGCUUCACAGGUUUGAGGAGUGCAAGAAGUUCAGGAACUACAGAGGAGGGUCUAUGUUGGGCCCUGAUGCUCCUUCAUUUGAUCCCAAAAAGCCAAAGUUGUUGAUAGCCAAGGCAAUUGAAAUAGAGCAUGCUGAGAAGAAUCGUGACAAGGCCAUUCGAUCUGGAGUCACUGACUUGUCCGAGUUUGAAACAAAAAUUCAGAAGCUGAAGCAAGAGUUGGAAGAGAUAAUUGGUGAAGAAGAAAGCAGUGCUUCUAAUGAAGGCUGUGGAAGCUGUUCUUGCGGAGCUGAUAACUAUGGAAUGAAGGCCUUCACAAGCGAUUUGAGAACCAAAUUUAAAGGUUUGGAUGAUAUAUAUGUAUGGCAUGCUCUCUGUGGUGCCUGGGGUGGUGUUAGGCCAGGUGCAACCCAUCUCAGUGCAAAGGUCAUCCCCUGCAAAGUCUCUCCUGGACUUGAUGGGACCAUGACUGACCUUGCUGUGGUGAAAAUCGUUGAGGGAGGGAUCGGGCUUGUUAAUCCUGAUCAAGCCGAUAAUUUGUUUGACGCUAUGCACUCCUACCUUUCCAAAGUUGGUAUCACAGGAGUCAAAGUGGAUGUUAUUCAUACUCUUGAAUAUGUAUCUGAGGAAUACGGAGGCCGUGUGGAGCUUGCAAAGGCUUAUUACAAGGGGCUGACUCAUUCUCUUCAGAAGAACUUCAAUGGGACUGGACUUAUUGCUAGCAUGCAUCAAUGCAACGACUUCUUCUUCCUUGGGACAAAGCAAAUCUCUAUAGGAAGAGUUGGUGAUGAUUUUUGGUUCCAGGAUCCAAAUGGAGAUCCUAUGGGAGUUUACUGGUUACAAGGUGUUCAUAUGAUUCAUUGUGCCUACAACAGCAUGUGGAUGGGUCAGAUCAUACAUCCAGAUUGGGAUAUGUUCCAAUCAGACCAUCUGUGUGCCAAAUUUCAUGCAGGAUCCAGGGCUAUCUGUGGGGGUCCGGUAUAUGUAAGCGACUCGGUUGCUGGUCAUGAUUUCGAUCUCAUUAAGAAGCUUGUUUACCCAGAUGGUACCAUUCCCAAGUGCCAGCAUUUUGCGCUUCCCACCAGGGACUGCCUCUUCAAAAACCCUUUAUUCGACAACAAAACUGUUCUGAAAAUUUGGAACUUCAACAAGUAUGGUGGGGUUAUUGGAGCUUUCAACUGCCAAGGGGCUGGCUGGGACCCCAAGGAGCAGAGGAUCAAAGGCUACUCAGAUUGCUACAAGCCAAUCUCUUGUUCAUUGCAUGUUUCAGAACUUGAAUGGGACCAAAAGAUAGAAGCAGCCAAUCUAUGUAAGGCCGAAGAGUAUGUGGUCUAUCUCAACCAGGCUGAAGAACUUCGACUCGUGACCCCAAAAUCUGAUGCAAUUCAAAUCACCAUCCAACCAUCUACAUUCGAGCUUUUCAGCUUUGUGCCAAUUAAAAAGAUCGGAAGCAGCAUCAAGUUCGCGCCAAUUGGACUUACAAACAUGCUCAACAGUGGAGGAACUGUCCAAGAGUUGGAGUACAAAACUACUGCAGUUGAGUUUAGUGCCCAGAUGAAGGUUAAAGGUGGAGGCAAUUUCUUGGCCUACUCAAGUGAAUCUCCAAAGAAAUGUUGUUUGAAUGGGACUGAGGUAGCUUUUGAGUGGUCAACUGAUGGCAAACUGACCCUGAAUCUUCCUUGGGUUGAAGAAGCUGCUGGCAAUUCUGAUGUGGUUUUUGCUUUCUGAUUUGUAUAUUAACUUUGCUUAAGGCCUUAGGGUGUGACAAACUAGUAGUAUAUGAACUGAAGUUAUUCUAAGCAUAAUGAAUUCAUUUCGUA